CUCAAUCAGUGGCAGUGUCUUCAGUGUGGACAGAUUGUCUGACAGAUCACCACCACAACUUAGUUUUCUUGGCUGAUAUAACCUGGGAGACAACAUGUCAGCUUUUCUCUUUUCAAGGGUGUCUUUCGUCAUUGUGCUACCCUGUGCAGCUGUUGUGUCAUUUAUCAUAAGUUCACAUGCUGCAAAGGCCUAUGCCACCAUUGCCCCAUUAGACAGUGGGGUGGAUCUGAGCUUGAGGUCAUACAAGCGUUUCAGUCCGCUGUCGUCUGAACCGGGAAAUCUACCUGGGACAGUCCCUGAAACUGCACAGAACCGGAAGGCUCCUAAUAGAGAUGCUCAAUCAGUGUCCUUUUUUAGGCAAGUUUAUCUCCAGUCAAACUCGCCUCAAAAAGGACACUCAAAUUACAGUCCAAACUCUCAACACAACCAGCCCAACUUUGAGGGAAUGACUCAAGUUCAAGGAGGUCAACAUUUGGGUGGAGUAAAGCCAGCAAGUGGCACAUUCACUCACUUAGACCCACCCAGAUUCAACCGUAACACUUUCUUUCAGAGCCAAAAUGGUGGAGUGUCUGGGUUUGUUGCCCCUAACAAUGGCAAUUCUCAGUCUUGGCUCUCACCAACUCUCAGGAAAUCGCUACAACAGGAGAGGCCCCUCCCUCCAAGUGCUUCACAAGUUCAAAAAGUGUAUGAUUAUGAUCAAAUUCCCAGAAGUGGCCCGUCAGCAUUGCCUGAAAGCAGAAGUGAAAAAAUAUUUGACUGGCAAUCCCCUUAUAGCUCCCCUAUGUCAUUCAGGAGAAGUGGAUAUUGGAGUUCACAAAACAAUGCAAACAGAGACCAAAGCAUCAGUUUAGACUCGAGUGAGUUUAAGCCUGAGAAAAUGACAUCACCCAUCACCACGCACACUUCCCAGGACAAGUUCCCACACAACAGCAAUGUGAAGACCAGCUACAGAAGAGUCCAGUCUUACCUUCUCCGGAAUAUCCCCCACACUACAAAUGCACCCAAGGGAGUAAACAUCCAAAAUUCCCAACACAGUGAUUAUAGCGGUCAAGAUUUUAGUCACCAAACCAGAUCUAAUUCUAUGUUGUUACACAAUGAAAAUAAGUUCAGCGGACAUAUUGGUGAUGCAAUGAAGUAUGACCCAGUGUCUAUUAUUUAUAGGGUUCCAAAAAUGGAUACAUUAACCUCUCAUGAAGACCCAAACAGUGCUAAAAGAAAUGCUAAAGAUGCUAAAAGUGGUCUAGUGGGCACAGGAAGGCCCAAGAAUCCUUUUGAGAAUGUACAACCAAAAGAAAGGUUAAAUCCUAGUUCAGGGCUUGCAAUUUGGCCAGUUUUGAAGAAAAGUAGUGCGCCAUCUAUUGAUUCAAAAGAUGCCAAUUCUGAAGCAAGGAGUUUUGCUUUUGUGCGUCCAUCCAUGUUGCAAAAGUACAGUUUUGGGCAAAGGUUAACAGGUCCAGAGAAGACUUCUAGACAUUUUUCUUCAGAAUUUUUAGAUUCCACAACUCCCAAGUCAUCGUCUUUGCAAGAUUAUGGAUCUGCAUUGGAUUUUACUUUAGAUCACUAUGGAUCUAAAGUGAAAAAUCAUUUUAAAUCUGGAGCUGUCAGUAAUGUUGACCUCGAUGAACAAAAGAUUGAUAGUAAACCACAUGCAAAAUCAGCAGACAUCUUAAAAUUGGUCACACUGACAAGAAUAAAGCCCCAGUCUAAAUUACUUACACAUGGAACGGCUUUAGCGCCAUUUAACAGGCAGUACAAGCAGAGGAAAGUCAAAGAUAAGGAGUUUAAAGCAAUUACGUAUGAUGAUAUUAUUGGAAGUGCUUCUUUUAGUAGCGUCACACCUGCAAAAAGAGUCACAAGCAAUGGCAAUUUUGAAAAAACAGAAACAACCAUACAAAAGAAGUCUGUGGACUACUUUGCAGAUGUGAUGCAUGUGAAUGGAAAGGCAAAUACAAGUAAUAUAAAUGCCACUGAGGACCAUUUGGUUGGUGGAGAAGAGUUUUAUUUUAAAGAAGAAGCAGAGACUGAAGAAGAGACUGAAUCUGGGGAAUCAGAUUUGAGUGUGAGUGAAAAGGAAAGUGAAGCCAAAAGAGUCCCUCAUGGGCUGUCGUCUGAUCCUGAAGAGAAUAUAGAAAGUGACAGUUUGUUGGAGAUGCAUUAUCUCCGCACGUCGACUGGAAACGUCUCCUUCCAGUCAUUAAAUCUGAACCUAUAA